AUGGCACUACAACCCAAAUCCCGGGAGCGGGGCAAAUCCCGGAGACGGACGAAUCCCGGGCGCCGCGUCCCCCGUCGCGCCGCUCGCUCAGAAAACAUCCCAUUAAUGUUCGGCGUCCAGCUCACCACGACCUUCCACGUCCCCCUAAACUUAGGAGAGUCAAGGCAAAAAGGGGGGCUCGGGAGCUUCCCUGCAGGUCUGCGCCGACUGGUCGAGGGACAAAGGAGCAAGCGCCGCGGCGGGGCGUUCGCCCUCCGACAUUGUUAUUACCGAUUAGGGCUGUCAUUCACACCGCAAGCGGCGCGCCGCCGCCAAAGAGCUCACGUCUCCCCAUACGUGCGCGAAUUAAAACUUUCGCGAGGGGGCGCCCUCUACGGCCGCGUGGCGCACGAACCGGCGGCAAGUGCUGCCACACACUGCAACGUGGGC